GACGCCCACACACACACACACACACACGCGCACACACACAUGCAGACCUACGUCAUCCGCGGUCGUCUAUUUAUACUCCCUUUGUGUCUUUAAAAGAACAGCGCGACUCUGCCGCACACCGGUGACUCACACCCGCGAGGAGGAAGUUGUGUGUGUGUGUCAGUGUGUGUGUGUUCGUUUGUGUGCGGAUGCAUUCCACCUACUAGUGAGAAAACUUCACCCAAACAGUCAAAUUCAAACUUCAGCUGGAGACACCAGAUGACACCCAGCUCAGCGUUGGUCUCAAGGAUGUUGUACCAGUUCUUCUGUGAUGAAAAUGUUCCACGCAGGCCUCGUGAGUCGCAGGAUCCACAACCAGAUGCCAGUGGAAGCUUUAAGAGGAACAUCUACAAGCACUUUUUACUGAAGAGGAUUGAGCUUUUGACGUCUUGUCUUCUCGAGGACUCUUCAGCUCCUGGAUGAACUGGACGGAGAGCAACAACCCUGCAAUCCCACCGUGUUUACAAAAUGGCAGACAGGAAAAAACUGUUCUGAUGCUUUAUUCCAAAACCCCGCACCCCUUCUCUCCAAUUUCAACUUCCUGUAUCAAUCCUGGAUUAGCCAUCUGCUACGCCACAGACAUGGCUCAACACAUACUGUUUUUCUGAGAUCCGCAGGUCACCCCUGUAAGCCACACGCUGUCAAGCGUGGCAGCCCCACUGCCUUUUCAAAUCCCAUAAUUUCCAUCCUUCCCAACACAUAUCCCCCGCUUACCCACUCCACCGACCCCACCUUCCACCGCCAAUCAAAUCAUCGGGUGAAAUGGAGUCUCACGAAUCAACUGUUGUCGGACAGAAAUGCAUAAAAAAGGAGAAGGCUCCCUUACAGAGGGGCUGGGCGUCGGAGCCUACCGCCUCCUCCAAAAGAAGCACUUUCUCCAGCCCCGAUGCCUCGCGGAACUCUUCCCGUGAGGGCCAGCCCUGCGAUGAGGGCCCUGGUUCGGCCUCCGGGACGCAGCAGAAGUACCCGUCGUCCGGCAUCCCAGGGAAUCUGCUUCCGCCGUCACGGGAACCCCAGGGUACGUUUCCUCAGGGGUUUCCCAGGGGUUUCUCCUACCAGCUCGGUCAGCCAUACCCCCAGCACCCCCAGGCGGAGCGCUUCCACUCGGGGGCCAAACCCCAACCGGGCCUGGAGCCCCACGCCUGGCCCUUUGCCGGUCAGCUGCCCUCGGACGAACUUUACCCCGCAGGGAACCUGGGACACCCGCACAGGGCAGCGGGAGGGAGGUUCCCUCGGCAGAAAUCCCCCAGUUUGCCAAGUUCCUUCGGACAGUAUUCCCAGUCGAGCCUGGAUCCCGGCGAUGAGGGCUAUGGCAAGAAGGACCAGAAGCCCAAAAAGCCCGGUAAGUACAUCUGCCACUACUGCGGCCGGGCCUGCGCCAAGCCCAGCGUCUUGAAGAAGCACAUCCGCUCGCACACGGGGGAGAGACCCUACCCCUGUGUGCCCUGCGGGUUCUCCUUCAAAACCAAAAGCAACCUUUACAAGCACCGCAAGUCCCAUGCUCACGCCAUCAAGGCCGGCCUGGUGCCGUUCUCGGAGAUGGGACUGGUGGGCCGUGGGGGGGAUCUGGACCUGGCUGGCGACGUCCAAUCGGACGGCGAGCAGAGCACGGACACGGAUGAGGAAGGAUUGGAGGGCUCCACAAUGCUGAUGGAGAAGGAGAACCCCGGGCCAAAGAUCUCCUUCGUAUCUGACAAAAGAGCAGGUGGGGUGGAACCUGCCUAUGCUGAUUCAGCGGAACAGAUGUCCAUGGGCUCCAUGAAGGUGCCCAUCCUGAUCGUCCCUAGGCCAGGAGGGGUCCCCUCUCCAGCGAUGGAGUGCCCUUCCUUCCCUGAUAUGAAGGGUCCACCGCACCACAUGCCCGGCUCCCAGGCUGAGGCCCUGGGAAACCCUGCGGAGGACUCUCCAACAAUCAAACAGCGGCUGGCCCUGAGGCUGAAGCAAGGCCAGGAACCGGACUCGACCCAGUCCCAGACCCAGAACCUCCUCAGCCCCCACAGCAAGGGCAGCACGGACUCCGGGUACUUCUCCCGCUCGGAGAGCGCGGAGCAGCAGAUCAGCCCGCCCAACACCAACAGCAAGUCAUAUGAGGAGAUCAUCUUUGGACGGACUCACCAUGGGCCCACCUCUCGAUCCGGACAGUCCAUCACGGUGUCCAUGGCCGGUGGCGUGGCUCAGGUGGAUCCCAGUAGUCAGGCUUGCCUCAAGAAGUCUGGCGCUGUUCUGGAGAUGGGGAGGAUAGCGGAGGGCUUUUAUAAGGGGGACGGAGGAAUCUCUGGAGACCCCAAGCAGUAUGCGACUGGCCCCUGCCAGAGCAGCACGGGGCUUCUGGAACCCCCCUCUGACUCGGCGACCCUUACUCGGAGCAACUCCAUGCCAACGUCCUCUCCGACCAACCUCAGCGUGCCGACCCGGAUCCAGGGCAGCCAGUCCUUCGACGAGAUGAUGACGUCGGACGACGUGUUCUACCCGGCCGGCCUGCGCAGACUCCAGAGGCAGGCGGCCUUCGAGCUCACCCACCACGAGGCCCACGCGGUAGAGGCCGAGGUGUACGGCCACGUGCCCAAAAACGUGCUCAUCGCAAUGGGCCCCAAGAUGGGGGAGCGCAGCCCGGGCCUCCCAGAACACAUCGCCUACAGUCCCUAUGGGACGAAAGUCGGGAUGGCGGAGAACGCCACGAGGAAGAGGAGGAAGCAGAAGAGUGUCGGGGAUGAGGAGGACAGCCCCGGCCAGUGUGACAGCAGUUGCAGUGGCUCGGUGGAGAUGAUCGGGGACUAUGACUCCAAACACGGGAGCAUGGACGGAUCCAGGGGCACCCCUACAGGGAAGGGCUCUCUAUACAGCGCACACAGUCAAUCGGACAGCUUUGACACCUGUGCCAGCAUGUGCUCUGAUGACAUGGUGCUUCUCCCGGACUCGGAGGGCAGAAAGGCGGUGGCCAACGUCAUAUCAGUCAUCCAGCACACCAACUCCCUGAGCCGACCCAACUCCUUCGAGAAGUCUGAGUCCUUUGAUCAGCUGGCCUAUCACCCCGCGGAGAAGGCCCUGUGCAGCCAGUACUCGGAGCAGUCGGACCCCGACAUCUUUGAGGACGCCCUGAGCCCCGAGUCCACCAUGCAGCGGACGGAGAGCAUGGAGCAGCAACUGCUGAGCGACAGCGACCUCGCCUCCGUCUCCUCGUCGCCGAGCACGACAGCCUCUCCCGGACAGCCCUACCACAUCCCCCACAAGCUGGUGCGGCAGCCCAACAUCCAAGUCCCCGAGAUCAGGGUGACGGAGGAGCCGGACAAGCCCGACAAGGAGGCGGAGGCCUUGCUGGCCAGCGAGCCCGAGAGGCAGGAGAAGCAGCAGCAGCAGCUGCCACACGUGGUGGAGGAGUUCCAACUGCCCCAGAGGAGCGACACGCUGUCCCAGAUGCCCUCCGAGAAGCUGCCGCCGAAGAAGAAGCGUCUGCGCCUGGCGGACAUGGAUCACUCGUCAGGGGAGUCCAGCUUCGAGUCCACCUGCACCAGCCUCUCCCGCAGCCCCAGCCAGGAGAGCAACCUCUCCUACUACUCCUCUUUCUCCAUGUCGUUCGAACGAGAGGAGAACCUUAAGUCUGGGUCGCCGACAAAGCAGGAGGACGCUUCAAGCUGCUGCGGUACGGGUACCGCUAGCAAGCAGUCGGAGUUCCUGACGGUGCCGGGCAGCGGCCACUCCAGCCAUCACCAGCAGAGGGAGAUGAGGAGGUCUUCGUCGGAGCAGGCGCCCUGUGCUCUCGCCACCGAGUUCCCUGAAAUGCGCAGCAAGUCCUUCGACUACGGGAGUCUUUCGCCGGGGUCCAGGCAGGGGGAGAUGUACAGCAGUGCGUCCGCCAUGAAGGAGCGACGACGAGGCUAUCUUGUCCGACAGGCGUCACUCAGCGUGUACCCGGAGGCGGGCCCACCGGAGCCCGGGCCAGGGGAGUCCUCGGUCAGGCCGGAUCCGUCGGACCACGGGUCCUGGCCGGGUCAGGGGGGACCGGGUCCGACCAGCGCCGAGCUGGUCAACAAGAUCAAAAGGACCUCAGUCGGGAGUGGUGGCCUGGCCUCCCUCCAUCAGCACCUCUUGCAGAAGAGCAUCAGUGAGGACAGCCUUCAGGACGGCCCAACCAAUCAGAGGUCCUCCCACCACCGCCUGCAGAAGCAGGGCUCCUCCAUGGACUCGGACCCCCAAGGUCAAGAGGUCGCGACCUACCAGGCCCACCAGCCCUCGGGCCCGCCCUUCUGGGCCCCGGAGGGGGCCCCCGCCCAGCGGCCCCGGCUGCACCACGGCUUCCAGGCGCCACAGCAGUAUCCUAAUCCCCACAGCCGGGCCGCGGCCGACAGCCAAUCGGAAGGCUGCAACCCCUCCCAGGUUUACUCAGCGUCGCGAGCGUCCUCACACAACCCUGCGCAACACCAACAACAACAACAACAACAACAACAACAACAACAACAACAGCUGUUCCGCUCGCUGUCCCCAAAGCUCUCCAGCUCCUCCUCCUCCCCCUCCUCCUCCCCCUUCUCCUCCGGUCCUACGCUGCUCCAGCAGGUCCAGCCGGUCUUCGCCACCCAAGCGCUGACGGGUUUCCAGGCGACGGCGCAGGGCGUUGUGGUGCCGGUGCGCGUCCCCACCCACGUGCCGUCCUAUGGCAGCGUGACGUACACCAGUGUCAGCCAGCUGCUGACCAAUCACAGCGGGGGAGGAGGAGGCGGACAGGGGCUAAUCAGGUUGGGAGGCACCAGCACCACUUGCAGUGCCGUGGGCGUCGCGGUCGCGGUCGCCCAGGCGACCGGCGGGAUCUCGGGGGGGAUCAGCGGGACAGGCUUCAACCUGUUAAACUUCCUGGGUCAGCCCGACAUGGCGGGCGCGGCGGCCGCGUUGCUGCGGCAACACCCACUCUCCUCCUCCUGCGACGCGUCGCCGGGGCAACGGCUCACCACGGGCAUCCCGUUGUCGCUGACGACGGGCACGGUGUCCACCACGGACGCGUCGGGCGCCGGGAUAGGCGGCAGCAAGCGCAUGCUGUCCCCCACCGGCUCCUCGGAGCUCUUCUUCCAAACCAAGCAGCAGAAGCGCGUGAAGGAGGAGCGCAUGUACGGCCAGAUCGUCCGCGACAUGAGCGCCGUGGAGCUGAGCGGGGCCGGGGGCCCCGCGGCCGCCGGCCCCCUGCGGCUGAAGAGCGAGGGCUCCGCGGACGAACCGCCGGAGAGGAUGACCUCGUCCCCGCCCGCCAAGAUCUCCGUCCCGGUGCGCUCCUCGGCGCCCCACCUCCCCGACAUCCCCCCCGCCGAGAGCUUCACGCCCCCGCUCCAGAUCGUCACCGACGCCGCGCCGGGGCCCCCGGCGGGCGGCCGCGACUCCCCCGAGGCCCUGGACGUGGACCCGGCCUCCUCCAGCCCCGAGCGCUGCGGCAGCCCCCAGUCCAUGGCCUCGCUGUCCAACGACGAGGCCGACGACGGGGAGCCCACCGGGCCCACGCCGGCCGCCGACGAGGGCCCCCCCGCGGCGGCGGGGCCGCUGGCGCGGCGCACGGCGCGCUCGCCCUCGCUGGCGGCCGAGGUCCAGCGGCUCCUCCAGUUCCCCAGCCUGCGCACGGCCACCGCCGUCAGCUGGUGCUUCCUCAACUACACCAAGCCCAGCAGCGGGGAGGCGGAGUCGCCGCGGGCGUCGGCGUACGCCUCGUGGUGCGUGAGCGCCUACAACCCCAACCCGCUGGGCCUCAGCACCAAGGCGGCGCUGGCGCUGCUGCGGUCCAGCCAGAGGCGGGGGGCCCAGACCUACAGCACGGCCGCCAUGGGCCCGCCCAGCUCGGGCAAGCUUGUGUCCUCCGUGUCCUGGAGGCUGCGCUUCGACCAGUUGAAACCAGAGCUGAUGCCGGUGGAGGUGUGUAAGCUGGUGAGGAAGAUGAAGGGGGUGGUGUCCCGGGAGAGAUCCAAGGAGGAGCAGAGCGAGAAGGAGGUCUCCACCAAACCCAUCCCUGUAGAACACACCCGCAUCAAGAUCUUCGAGGGCGGGUACAAGUCCAACGAGGACUACGUGUACGUGCGCGGCCGCGGCCGAGGGAAGUACAUCUGCGAGGAGUGUGGCAUCCGCUGCAAGAAGCCCAGCAUGCUGAAGAAGCACAUCCGCACGCACACCGACGUCAGGCCCUACGUCUGCAAGUUCUGCAACUUCGCCUUCAAGACCAAAGGGAACCUGACCAAGCACAUGAAGUCCAAGGCGCACAUGAAGAAGUGUCUGGAGCUGGGGGUCUCUGUGUCUGCAGUGGAGGACAUAGACGCAGAGGACGGAGAUGUUGGCGAGGAGGGCCAGAGGGGUUCUGGGAAGGCCGGGGGAGGCAACAUGGCCGACCACCAGUUCUCCGACGCCGACGACUCGGACGGCGCGGACGACGACGGAGACGACGUGGACGACGACGACGACGACGACGACGACUACGACGGCGACUCCACGCCCAAGUCCCGCUCGCGCUCCACCAGCCCGCUGCCGUACGGGCUGCCCUCGAUGUCCCUCACCUCGCUGGCCGCCUCCCACCCGCACCUCCAUCACCACGGCAACGCCGCCGCCGACCUCCUCGGCCACGCGGGCAAGCCGCCGCCGUUGGGCUACCUCACCACCGUGCCCAGCAUCCAGAUCACGCCGCAGGCGGACCUGGAGGCCAGCCGGGCGCAGUACCACCGCGCCCUGCAGGGGGCGCUGGGGGGCCGGCUGCUGGCACCGCCCUGCUCCUCCUCCUCCAUGGACGAGGACCUCCCCUCCCCUCCGCCGGACCCCUACUCCUCGUCCUCCCGCCUCUCCUCCCCGGGGCUGGACCCCGCCUCCUCCCCCUCCUGCUCCCCCUCCUCCUCCCACUCCUACUCGCCGGGGCGGUACCUGUCGCCCCGCCGCGACCUGUCGCCCUGCGCCGGCCGGCUCUCCCCCCGCCGGGACCUCUCGCCGCUCAGGCACAUCUCCCCCAAGAGGGAGCUGGGCGUGGGGGGCUACCGCCGGGAGCUCUCCCCCAGGAGGGAGCUCUCGUCGCGGGGACACCUCUCGCCCACGGCCUCCGCCCUCUCCAGCCCCGGCUCCCCCUCCGGGAGGGACUACAAGCGGGACUUGUCCCCGCGGGGCCGGCAUAGGGGCCCCAUGCGCCCGCUGUCCCCUCGGCGAGGACUCCACCACCACCACCACCACCACCAACUCCAAAGCCACCAGACAGGCCAGCACGGUGGCCCGUGGAGCCCCAGACAGGGCCACCAGCCUGGGCAGGGGAGCCAGGGAGAGCUGGGGGACCUGGGACAUCCAGCUGGCUCUGGAGCUCAGAUGGAGAUGGACCACAGGGCGGGUCCCAUGUCGUCAGGGCAACAGGACCAGGGCCGUAGCCAUGGUCAGCCGUCAAGCCCGCCCCACCAGGUGCUGUUUAGCCACCUCCCCCUCCACUCCCAGCUCCAGGUACGCUCCCCAUUCCCAAUGGUUCCCAUCGGAGGAAUCCAAAUGGUACACUCCAUCCCAGUCUCCCUCACGUCUGGACACGCCCCGCCCGACCACGGUCACAUAUCGUCCUCCAGACACGCCCACAUCCCCGCCGACCAAGCCCACAUAUCACCCUCCACCAGACACGCCCACCCUCCAGCCGGACACACCCACAUAUCCACGAGACACGCCCACAACUCGCCUAGCCACACCCACUCUGCCCAGCAGGCGUCUCAUCCUCAUCAUCAUCAUCAUCAUCAUCAGCAGCAGUCGCCUCGCCUGCCGUUCCAGAAGAGCGGCUCGGAUGACUCCUGCAAGGUCACUUCCUGUCAUCUCAGCGGCUCCUCCUCCGAUAGGGGAGGAGCCGCCGGAGGAGGCGGCGGCGCCGAGUGGCCGGGAGACACGCCUCCGAGGGACGCGGGGAGGUCGCCGUCGGUGGGCGGGCCCGGGGAGGAGGGCGGGCCGGAGCAGGAAGAGAGCGUCCUCACGUGCACCGAGGCCAUCGCGUCCCUCUGCAUCGACGGCCUGGAGGGCGGCGCCAGAGACCCUCCGCUCGCCUCCCCCCAACCCCGGCCCCCGUCUCCCCCGCUCCCCGCCUCCCCCAGGGCCUCCCGCCCCAGGAGGAGUCAGCAGCACUUUACCGACCCCCACCCGCCGCCCCACGCCCACCCCGAACACACGUCCCCCCCCAACAGCACCGGCCCCGCCCAGACUGCCCCCACCCCUAAGCCCCACGGCGGAGGCCCGAAGGUGGCCGCGGGGUCCGGCCGGCCAGCCUCCCGACCCCUGGCCCCGGAGGAGAGGGAGAGGGAGAAGUGA